AUGGGUAUAUCUUCCCAACGGUUCACAUAUGCUGGAAACCGAUCAAAGUCUUAUGCAUUGGAAACUGAAGAUGAGUAUAAAAAUAUACAGAAGGCAAAGGGUCUUAAAAAAUCUCUUGUUAAAAAAGAAUUAACUAUUGAUAUUUAUGAGCAUUGUAUUUUAGAAGGUGUGGAAGAUAAACCUCGAACUGCAAAUUUCUUAUGA